GAAACCUUCCACAUUGGGUUAGAUGCUGCUUGAGAACCUGUUUCCACUUUGUUCUCCCCAUGAUCCCCUCGAGAGGAGUGUAGUUGGGGUUGAAGUGGGAGAAGUCCGCCGAGGUGUUACUACGAUCUGUUUCCCUACACACGAUUACAAAACCCUAAGGGUGAGUUCUGCAGGAAACCCCUUGUUGUAAGAUAUAUAUAGACCUGGUUUGCACGUGACAUGGCAGCCUUACCGUUCCUGCGACAUCAGCCGUCUCGAAUUUAAACUCCCUCUCUAUCUCGACUCAUUUCCGACCUCUUUUCGUCACUGCAGCUGACCUCACGUAUUGAUAUAGGUGAAGCUACCACAUGUCCGACACCACUGAUAUGCCGGCUCUCCUCCGACUCCCGUGCGAAGUUCUCUUUGAAAUCGCGUCGCUCCUGGAUGCACCAGAUCUGCGCAGACUUGCACUUGCGUCGAGACAUGUGGUCGCUCCUGUUUACACAGUCCUUUACGAGACUGUCGACUUGUACCUGCCCAGGCCAGAGGGCGGCGGUGUUAGAGACGUUCAGACGGAGCGGUACGGGCAAGUGCGGAUGCUAUGCUUCUUACGUACGAUGAUUGAGCGCCCGGAUCUCGCACAGAAGGUCAAAUCAAUCCGGUUGAGAAUGUAUGGCGGCAGGAUGUACAAUCACAACAAUUCCUUCCGGAGUAUAAUGCCCACUUUUGAUCUGGACUCUGUCCACCAGGCAGUAAUGGAGGCAUGGGAGGCCAUGGACCAUCCGGUAGAUUACGACGCCCGCAUCUGUUGUUGCGACGAGUCUGGAUCUGACAGGCCUGGAACAUUUUGCAAGCACUUAUUGGAGAUGCUGACAAAAAGGAUGACGGACGCAUACAACUAUGUUCUUUUGCACCUGCUGCCCAAUCUACGCGGAAUCGAUCUAGUUGGACGCGCUUACCACGACUACCCUUGCAUGACUUGCUCAAUCACGGAUGCAGUUCCGCCCGCCUAUAACAACUGCAAGAGCUUGUCCAUCGAUUAUGGCACUGUCAGCGCAUUGCCCCCCUGGCCUCCCUUUCUACAGCAGCUUCACCUUCGUGGCAGAAGUGCGUUAGGGUAUCCCUCUCCUGGCAGUUUCCCGACCGAUCUCCCGCCAGCUCCUCAGCUGCAGUCUCUGACGUUGGAGGUUCCCCUCCUCAGGGGCUUUGUUGAUGACCGGGACCCAUUCAUGGAUACCGCAAUGCUUGACUGGCCGGGGUUUGGUACUCCACGUGAAUCCUUCCGAGAGUGGCUACCCGACCUUGCGAAAGGACUGCAAUGCGAAAUGCUGCGGCGCUUGGAACUGAUCAUGGUUCGUGCAACAGUGGGAGCUAUAUUCUCAAACUUUCAAACAAUAACGGAUGCGGCAAUGACGACAUUCCCUAACUUGGAACAACUGACAUUGUCGCCCAGUUACUCCAUGUACUACGAUCGAUCACCUAUCCCCAGCCAUAUACGGAUACAGUCCAUCAAGGAUCCGAUACCACUACGGCGUCUCACAUUGACGCAACUUCUACUCGAAGAUCAGCGUGACGAGGGUCAUUGCGGCUGCGGCCGGUGCAUCGCAUUUAUACGCUUUGGUCGGGCUCCCGUCGGCGGUUUCGAUCCCCACACCUAUCAUAGCGAGAAAUGGCGAAAAAUGUUCAAAAGUGAUGCGGAGCCAAACUCAAAACCAUACCACUACCCAGUCAUGCAAGCGGCAUUUCCCAACCUCGAGCAUCUCGAUAUCUGGAUCCACGCGGCUAAUCCUAGCACCCUCGUGUUCUUCCAGCAACUCUACGACGGACGGGACAACUUUCCGAGCCUGCGAUAUGUAGGCGUCCGCGUCCCCAUGGCCGACGAUAUACCGUACACUUCCAUUCGGGGCCAUCUCCGUCAUUUCGUCCCGCUGUUCAGGUCCGUCGGUAUUCUGUUUCAGUUCUCCCGCGACUCGCUCUGGCCGGCCGAAGACAUGCAGCGGAAAUGGAAAGUCGCGAACGAACUCGGGGAUCACGAGAAAGCCAUCAAGGAGGCGAGGGAAAGGGAGGAGUCGCAUGCCCGAAGGCACCUGAUGCCGCCGCUGAGGGUGCUGAGACAGUACUACUCGCGGCCGGGAGACAGUCCUUGGGGGUACCAUCCGGACUGGAAUUUGAAUCCGGAGCCGUUGGGGGAGGAGGCCUGGGAGGAGGUUUGGACGGCGGUUAGGGCGUUGUUGGCGUGAGGUAGAGGUAUGUGAGGGCGCGUAAGGCUAAUAAAGAUGGGCGGGGUGAGGAAGAUCGAGGUGUUUUUUGCAAGAGGAAGCGUGCGAGGACCUUUGGAAUGCGCGUCGAGGUUUG